CAUAGGCACCAGCGAGCCAUACUCCUAUGUUAAGAUCAGAAGUCCCUGAAAUUACACCUCGUCUUUCCAAUACUCCAUUCAUUCUUGAAAAUCCACCAUGCACCCUCCCCACUCCUACUACCCCGUGGGUAUGAAGAUCUCCAACUACGCCCCUAACAAAUAGAGCACCCUAGCACUAGUCUCUACAUUCGCGGUUGCCUCCAUAAUCAUCCUAACAGCCGCCAAAGCCACCAUGACGAAUACAAACCUCCGUAUUACGAUCCCCGAACUCUCCAAGGUUCUCUGGUUUAGCCUAUGCGGCUCCAUCCACUUCUUCCUUGAAGGCUACUACGCCUUGAACUUCGCCACCCUUCCGGGCUCCCAACACCUCCUCGCGCAACUCUGGAAAGAAUACUCUAUGUCUGAUUCGCGGUAUCUCACUCCGCACGCCUUUGUCAUGUCCAUGGAGUCCAUUACCGCCUGGUGCUGGGGCCCGUUAUCCUUCGUCCUUGCGUCUUUCAUCGUCACGGAUAAUCCCUUCCGACACCCACUGCAGAUUAUCAUCUCCACUGGACAGCUUUACGGGGAUGUACUGUACUACGGGACGUGUGCGUUUGACUUUCUGGUAUAUGGGGUUAAGUAUUCGAGGCCCGAGGGGUAUUACUUUUAUGGGUAUUUUGUGCUGUUGAAUGGGUUUUGGAUUAUCAUUCCGGUUUGUACGUGGUUUUUCCUUUUUAAUUUUCAUCAGAAUUGGUGAGCAAGAACUGGACUAAUGGGUAUAGUGCUUAUUGCUGAUAGUGUGAGAGCUUGUGGGAGGGUUUUUGCGGAGGUCAAGAGGACAAGGACGGUCGGGAUGAAUGGGGAUGCAAAGAAAACAUCUUGAAGGUUGUUUUAUACUCCGGCC